CAUCACCAACUACUUACUUUUCGCAUCCAUCAUUAUCCUGAACGUCUGAUCAGUCUCUCAUCUCUUUCCAGGUUCAACUGUACAGCGUAGGGCAAAGGGAUCUUGCAGAGUUGAACCAUGUCCAAGACCGCCAGGGCCGCCGGCGCAGCUACAAGAAGAGUCACUCGGAGCUCCACGUCAGCAAUCCAAAAAGAAACUCCAGAUUCAUCUCCGAAGAAAGAUGAGACAGAGGAUACUCCGAUUAAGAAAGAGUACAUCUCGCCCGUGAAAACAAAGACUUCUGCCACCAAACGAGCAGCUACAACAGAAAAUAAAAAUGUCAAGGCUAAUAAGAGAAUCAAGACCGACCCAGACACGGGCUUGGCUAGUCCAUCGCCAUCGCCCUCUGAAAUCAACUCGUCUCCUCCACGUUCGUCGCCGGAGAAGUCUCGACCAAACUCCAAGAAGGGGGGCAACAAGUCAGAAUCCAAGGCUACAGAUCUCCAAUCCAAAAAACUCAAGACCUUUGCACAGUAUUCCAACAAAUCACCCUUUCCGGAUUUCCCUCACCCCACCGCCCAAGAAUGCAAACUCGCACAUCGGAUCCUAGCCUCAUUACAUGGAGAACGCACACGACCCAAGGAAGUAGUAGCAUCCACUACACGAGCCGGAUGUGGCGACUCCCCUUCCGUCCUGGACGCACUGGUCCGAACCAUUCUCUCACAAAACACCAGCGACACCAACUCAACCCGAGCAAAGAAAAGCAUGGACAAGGUAUACGGGGCAAGCGACAAAUGGGAUGCCAUCGUUGAAGGCGGCGAGAGCAAGCUGCAACAAGCAAUCAAGUGUGGUGGACUCAGUGUGGUCAAGAGCAGAGUCAUCAUUAGCAUCUUGAAACAGACAUAUGAAAAGUACGGGGAAUAUUCGCUCGACCACCUCCACCAGGCCUCAAGCGAGGAUGCCAUGCGUGAGAUGAUUUCUUUCCAGGGUGUUGGUCCCAAGACUGCCAGCUGUGUCUUGUUGUUCUGUCUCCAACGAGAGAGUUUCGCCGUCGACACCCACGUCUGGCGCAUCACUGGUCUUUUGGGUUGGCGGCCCAAGUCGGCUUCUAGAGACGAAACACAUGCUCAUUUAGAUGUCAUGAUCCCAGACGAGGAUAAGUAUGGUUUACAUAUCCUACUAGUCACUCACGGCAAGAGAUGUGAUGAAUGUCGAGCUGGUGGCAAGACUCUGGGAAAGUGUGCAUUGCGCAAGGCUUUCAGGAAGGGGAAGCUGGAGGGAGAGGCGGGAGAAGAUGUCAAGGAGGAAGAGAAAGAGUAUGUCAAAGAGGAGGGAGGGGAAGACGAUUAGCGAUCGAGCGGACUGUCCCAUCAUUCCAUUUUCAGCCUACUUGUCCUUCCCCCUACGGGAAUUUGUCCAAAUCUGUCCAUCAUAGCAUUAUCCAAAU